AUGGCGGCCGCGGCGUCGGCGCCGAACUCCACGGCGACGCUGAAAUCUUCCAUGACACAUCCAUACCUCACCAGCAAGUUUCAGGUGGGCUCGGCCAAGAGUGACAAGAUCAACUACACCUUGGCACAGAAGGUCUUCCACAGUGGUGAUGUGCCCCAAGAGGUCUUGGACUCCAAGCGAGCUGUGCAGAAGAAGAAGCAGCCGAACAUCCUGGGCACCGAGAAGCGCGAGUGGAACCCUUCGACCAUCGCAGACCAGAAGAUCCAGAAGGAUGUUCACAAGGAUGAAACCGUGACCUUGGAAGACUUGGAGCUUCCUCCCCGCCGCGAGCCGCCCCGUGCCGCUGCGUCUGUACCGCACCUCCUGGGCGCGGCGCCGGGCACGCCGGGCGCAGCGCCGAGCAGCGCGGUAGUCGGCGGAGCCGGUGGGGCAGGGGGACGACUCACCGAAGAGCUGCUGAGUGGUGGGGACGCGAAGGGACAAAAGGCCUUCCAGGAAGAUGGCUUGGUGGGCACCGAGUCACAGCAACUACAGCUCCUGGCCUACUAUGCCGAGCUCUGCGAGGACUUCCGACACUACCAGCGCAUGACGCGGGAGGAAGGCAGUGCGCUGCAGGCUGAUGGAGCUCAGCUACUCCUCUUGAGUGGGCCUCCAGGAACUGGCAAAACGCGGCAUGCAGUGAGUUUCGCGCGUGCGCUGGGCCUGCCCCUCUUAACGAUGAACCCCGCACAGCUGGGAGUUGGAGCGACGAGUGGGUCAUCUCUCUGCAGUGCUUGGGCAUCGUCCAUUCGUCGUGAGAUCCGCGGACGUGAUUGCAUUCUGUUUCUUGAUGAGAUCGACCAGUUCGCCAGCGACGAGGGCUUCUGUUCUGGGCUGCGGCAGUUUUUGGAUGGAGUUUGCCAACCAUCAGGUAGCAAGGUCUUGGUCGUUGGCACCACCAACCGCUUGGAGCGUCUGCCCUUGGACGUUCGGCACCGAGCCGAGCUCAUUCGCUUCCAGCGGCCGGAGAGCGAACAUCUGGCGACCAUGUGGAGGAGCUACGCGAAGCACUUGCAUCCAGAGGAUGUGAAUCGCCUGGCCAGUGUCAGCAUGCAUGAGAAAGCCACUGGCCGUGACGUGAAGCAUUGCGCGGGCUUGUGUGAGCGGGAGGCCGCCAUCGCCUACUUGAAUGAGCAACAGGCUCUGGGCUACUGCCAUGGUGCGGCCUUGUCCAACUGCCCGGGACCUGCUGUGGAAAAGUACAUUCGCUGUGUGCAAGACUUGAAGCGGCAUUUGCUUGAGAUCCGUGCAGGGAUCCAUGAUGAAAAGAUCAUGAAGCCUUGCAAAGCCCACACGGAUGAGCAGAUCACGGAACGCUACAAGUUCAUCGUCGCGAUGACUGGACAAGGACCGCUUGGCAAGCUCACAGGCAAGUGGUUCAACGCCUUGGAUGAACGGGGGCUUCCAGCUCACUGCGUGGCAGAUCAGUGGAAUGACUGGAAUGCAUCCUACUCGACGCAUACCAAGGAAGACAUCAUGCAAGCUCAUGCGGUGGUGCAGCAGAAGGAGCCAGUGAAUGACAACAAGGUCAACACCGAAGCCUACCUCAAUCCAACGCAGGCCAUCGCCAACAUGAACGACCGGCUGCGGGAGCGGAAGAUGGACUUCCACGACCUGAAGGUGCAGUUCAAGCGCGAGCUGAAAGUGGAAUUUCCGCAGGCGUCGGAGGAGCGACUGCAGGCGAUGGCGCAGAGGUUACUGAACGAGAAGCUUCUGGCAGAUGAGAAGAUGUCCCGCUUCCCGGUGCAGCACGAGAGCUUCCGGCCGAAUCUGUCAUUGACGACUCAGGACAAGAGGUAUAAAGAAUAUCACCAUCCUGGCACCUUUGUUUGGAAUGAGGCAGAGAAGCGUGAGGCGUGGACGUGCUGUAUGAACUUCGCGCACGAGAGCCGCGGCUGUGAGUUCCGGGUGGUGAACCCAGAUUGCUGGUGCUAUCAAGGCUUCGAGUUUCACCGUCUCACCAGCUUCGAACUCAUGCUGAGCCCUUGGCACAAGCUCCACAAUGUGGUCGAAAGCGACAUGGACAUCCAUGCCAAGAGGGAGGGUGCCAAGGGAGCGUCUGGACGGCUUGGGGACAUGGAGCGAGUCGAACCCCUUCGUGGCACCGCUGGGGACGCCCAGGUGUCUCUGCCCAGGUGGGAGAGGCCAUGCCCUCAUGAGCGACUGAUUCAGGCGCAGAGCGUGCUUCUGGACAGCGAGCGUCGGGAGCUCCGGCGGAGUCCGGGGCCCACCCAGUGCUGCGGGCGAGCGUUGCGGGGGUUGGAGUUCCAGAUUGGCCGCUCCUACAAGCCACGCAUGACGCUGACCUCGGAGGUGCGGGGCGAGCGGAUCAGGGCUUGGACGCCAAAUGUGAAGCUUUUGGACCAUGAAGAGACCUGCGCACUCGCCACAGCCAGCGAGGAGACGAAAGAGGAGCUGUUGCCAGAAGAACCUUUCGUCGAUGACUAUCUGGACUGGCGAUGGCUGGGGAGAGACGAGCGUGGGACUGGGGAGCAGAUCCUUCCCACGAACUACGACCUCUGCUUCUCGGCUCGAGACCGACUGACCGACCGCUUCCGCCCGUUUGAUCUCGCCACUUUGGUGUUUUCCGACGCCGGAGCCGGAGCCGAUUCCGCCGAUUCCGCGCGAAAGGGCUCCCGAGCCUCCUCGGCCCAUGGGUCGGUGGCCUCCUCUCGAUAUCAUCAAGGGAGUGAGCUCAAGGCGCACUUGAAAGGCGAGCUCCGCGUUCGUCGAGCUCCGCGCGCGCACGCACGCGCACCUUGCGAAGAAACCCCGCCACGGCGGGAUGCGCGCCAGGUUCGCCACGACCAAGCGCGCCUUCGACGUGAGGGGUGCCCAAUGAAACGUCUUCGACCGUCGACGGACGUGAAGGAAGGCGGUCAGGCCCGUGGAGAACAGCGGACACUCUGGGUGGGGAAAAAGCCUGCGUGGCCGAAGGCUUCAGAGGUUUUCUCCGAGCGACUGAGAGACCGAAACCCAAAACCAAAGCACCAGUUUUCACUGAGCGGACCCCCUUGCGGAGUGCUCCGCUCCGCCGGCGGAGAGCGCCAGCUGAGCCCGGCUUCGCUCGAGGAUUUUCUUCAGACCAUCAGAGAGCUCAAGAAGUUGCGCUGUUGUCCGCACGACCCAGUGGACGGACCAGACUUGGAUUCGGAUGAAAAGCGGAAUGGUUGGGAUGAAGUUGGUUUUAAUCUUGGGCAGCCGGGGUCAGCUGGGGAUGAUGUUGGGACAGGGCGAGGCAACUUGUGGGAUGUGGAGCUGCCCCAGUCGUUGUGGGGCUUCUCAGGUGGCCAACGGGUGAACGGCAAGGUCAACGCACGGGAAGAAACAGUCCGAGUGUGCGCUCAGCAGCUCGCGUGGGGGGAUCUGAGGUUCUUCGACUUCCUCUCUCAGCAUUUUGCAGAUAUGCCCCCCCGAGGGAGGGAAGGAGUGCGCAUCACAAUGAAGUGUGGCAUCUUCCUUGGAAGUUUGUCAUUGCUGCUCGUCGCACCACAUGAAGCUGCACCGGUACUCAAGAAGGUGGUCUCCAUGUUGCAAGGCAUGAAGGAAUCCAGCGAGAAGGAGAAGCAUGAAGAGGAAGUGCAGUACGCGAGCUUCAGCAGUUGGUGCGAGGCCGAGCUGGCGACCAAGACCCGCGAGCUGGGCGAGGCCGGCGACGCGGCGGCGCUGCUGCUGGCCGCGGGCGAGGACUCCGAGGCGAAGAUCGCUGCGGGGAAGGCGAAGUUGGCGGAGUUGGUGAAGGACUUGGAGAAGUGGGAGGUGGAAAAGGAGAAUGCCACCUUGAAACGCACGAAGGAGGCGAGCCUAUACAAGGAGACGCAUCAAGACUACACUGAGUCGAUCCAGGCGAUUCUGAAGGCCUCACGCUCUUUGAAGACGUCGCCCUCACAGGGUGUUAGCCUCCUGACGAAGCUGCCACCACAUGCUGCACAGAAGGUGGCGGCCUUUUUGGCGGUGUACCAUUCGAACCUCGCGCCGGAGCUGGACUCUUUGGACUUCUCCUCGGACCGAAUCGAGGAGAUGCUGAACGAGCUCAGGGACAGGUUCUCGGAUGAGCGGAGCAAGCUGGAGAAGGAGGAGAUGACCUUGCACCAUGCGCAUCAGAGCCUAAUGCAAGAGCUGAGCACUCUCAUCAGCCAAGCGGAGGCACAGCAGGCAGAGCUGAAGCAGCGGAAGGCCACAGAAGAGAAGGCCUUGGGCAGCUCCAAAUCUCAACUCGCGGAUGCAGAGGCCUCCAAGAAGGAGAUGGAGAGCUAUUUGAGUGAGGCGCAGCCAAGAGAAGCAAGGAGGGGGGCCAGGUGGAGUUUGGACAUCGAGCAGGUUGAGUUGCGAAGUGAUGAGGUGAACCAAAGCUGUACUCAGAAAGCCAAAGACUACAAAGAGCGGCAAAAGCUUCGUGAAGGCGAGCUCAGUGCCAUCGAGAAGACCAUUGAUCUCCUGUCCUCUCAGGAAAUCGAUCGCACACAAGGACGCCUCUCCUUGACGCAACGCGCCACAGCGCUGGUGUCCCUCUCCUGGCCCCGGAGCGUGAGUGCGGCACAGAGCCGCGCAGCCGAGUACCUGCAGAAUCAGGCCAUGAAGAUCAACAGCCGUGUUCUCUUCUCCAUGGCGACGCGCUUGAGCAGCGCCAGCGGCACGGGUGCCGAUCCCAUGGCCAAUGUGCGAAAGAUGUUGAACAACCUCAUCACCACCUUAGAAUCCGAGUCCAGCGAGGAGAUGGAGCAUAGGGACUGGUGUGAAAAGGAGAUGACCGCCAAUGAGAAGGCCCGCGACACACGAAGCUCCACGGUGGAGCGGCUGCAGACGGAGAUGGACUCCGCCGAGGCGCAGACCGCCCAGCUGGGCGCGGAGAUCACCGAGCUCCAGGUGCAGCUGUCGGAGAACGCGGAGAGUGUCAGCAACCAGACGGACGCCCGAAAGCUGGAGAAGGCGGAGAACGAAAAGAUCGUCGAGGACGCGAAGAGCGCCACAGAGGCAGUGGCCAAGGCCAUCGAGGUGCUGAAGAACUUCUACGCCGGGGUCGCCUUCAUCCAAAGCCGAACCGUGAAGCUGGCGAAGGCCCCUGAGAUCUUCGAGGGUGCCUACAGCCCCCAGGGCGGUGAUGGUGUCAUCGCCAUGCUCGAAGUGGUGCAAUCGGAUUACUCCAAGCUGGAGACCACAACGGCAGCGCAAGAGGUGGCAGCUGAGAAGACCUUUGAAAGCUUGAAGUCGGAGAUGGCGCUCUUGAAGGUUCAACAGGAAAAGGAUUUGGAACAUAAGAAGAUCCAGAAGGGAGAGAAGGAGCAGCUGAUCGUGGGCAAAAAGGCAGAUCUGCAAAAUGCAGACAAAGAGUUGACCGCGGCCCUGGAGUACUACGAGCAGCUGAAGGACAGCUGCCUGGCGACGGGCUCCACGGCACAGGAGCGUGCAGCGCGGCGCGCGGAGGAGAUUCAAUCCUUAAAGGAGGCCAUGGAUUUGCUGGAGAAGGGAACUCAGUAGAAGUGACCCGAGUGAGUGCCCGGCCUUCUUUGCGCUGCUUUGGAUAGCGCCAUGGGUGAUGGUCUGAUGGAAGCCAAUGAAGCCGAAUCCGUCGGUUCUUUUCAAAACCUGCUUGAUGGAGCACGGACAAUCUGCCCAACUGCACAAUAUUGCGGCCACAGAAAGUGGCCAUGUGUGGGAUGGAGCCAGCAGAGCUGCGUUUUAAGCGGGGCGCUUGCGGCUGGGAAGUGGGUGACUUAGGACAUUGGCUGGUGAAAGAAAGGAAUGCGAGAC